AUGAGCUCCUUUGAUCCACAGACGCACUCUCCACCGCGCUGCAGCCCACAAUUUCCAAAUAUCGGUCAAGAACCUCCAGAGAUGAAUAUCUACUAUGAGAACUUUUUCCAUCCACAGAAUAUCCCUAGUCCACAGCGACCAAGCACUUUUGAGACAACGGACUACAAUGCCACUCCCAAUCCUUACCUCUGGCUAAAUGGACCUUCCAUUACCCCACCACCAUACCUGCCCGGAUCCAAUGCCAGUCCCUUCAUUCCUCAGUCUUACGGGAUGCAACGGCAGCUCUUGCCUAACAUGCACAGCUUGGGAGGAACCGACCUCGGCUGGCUUCCUCUCCCAUCCCAAGAAGAGCUCAUGAAGUUGGUUAGACCACCUUAUUCCUACUCUGCACUUAUUGCCAUGGCUAUCCAUGGAGCACCAGAAAAGAGGCUGACUCUCAGCCAAAUCUACCAGUACGUGGCUGACAACUUCCCAUUUUAUAACAAAAGCAAAGCUGGCUGGCAGAACUCCAUUCGGCACAACUUGUCUCUCAAUGAUUGCUUCAAGAAGGUGCCCAGAGAUGAAGAUGAUCCUGCCUAUGUCAAUGGCUCUAACUCAGUGGGCCGCUCAGUGCCAUUGGGACUUAACGCUGAACCCAUUGACAAAAUGGGACAGAAUGUGGUAGGCUUUAACUCCUACUCUCCACUCUCUAAUAUAGCCAGUCACGGUGUGGGAGAGUGGUCCAAUUCUAUGCCCUCUAGUCACCUUGGCUAUAGCAACUCAGUGCUCAACCAGUUUAACACUCAUUUUUACAGCAGUAUCAGCACAAAUAACACUCUGUUUUCUAGGGAGGGAACAGAGGUUUAA